CCCGGCAUGAUUACCCCCCCGAAAAAGGGACUCUGGGUCUUUUUUCCGGACCAUGGGUCUUAAUAUCGUAAAGGGAUUGUGAGGACCCGCUGUUUGGGGUAAAUCAUUUGAGGACCCCCCCCCUUCAGUUUUAAAUGGUUUUCAUGGCAGUUUUUGCUCAAUUUCAAAAUGCCCCAACACCCACGCCAGCUGCUCCUUCCACGCUCUCUCUCUCCCCUCCCUCCGUCCAGGCCCACUCCCUGAUCACUCACCCACCCUCGACGAUAUCCGCAUCCCCGUGCACAGGAGAUCGCGUAGCAACGCCCUACCUUAGGCGCGUCCACUAAGUUUCCCGCCAUGGAAGUAGCAGUGGGUCGGCUGAUCGCGAGGCCUGUCUUCUUCUCAGGUGACGUCUUGGAGCUCCAAGCAUCCUCGCGCCUCGACAGAUGCGUCGCGCCCGACCCCUCCGCGCGGCCACCGCGGAGGCUCGCGCUGCAGUCGUCCGCCAAUGCGCCCAGCACGGCUCGGCGUCGGGCGCGGCGCAGCGCGGGGCAGGCGGGCGAGGAGGGCCGGUUCGGCGGGGGCAGGGGCAGCAGGGGGCGGUGGGUGGCGCGCAGCAGCCUGGCGGAGCACCAGGGCACGGAUGCCCCGGCCGCGCGCACGCAGGAGGCUGACGCGGCGGGCAGCAGCGGAGCCGACGCAACGGCGGUAGAUGAGGCGGCGGCGGCGGCGAGCGUGGCGGAUCUGUCGGAUGUGAUGGAGUGGGAGUUGGACUUCUGCUCGCGCCCGCUGCUGGACGAGCGCGGCAAGCGCGUGUGGGAGCUGCUGGUGUGCGACAGCAGUCGGCGACUACAAUUCGCCGAGUACUUCCCGUCCAAUCGCAUCAACUCGGCGACGCUCAAGGACGCCUUGUUGCGAGUAAUGGACGCCACGGGCGCGCCCAAGCCGCAGAAGAUCCGGUUCUUCAGGGCUCAGAUGGCGACGAUCAUCUCCAAGGCCGCCACGGACCUCGACAUUCAGCCCGUGCCCAGCCAGCGGUGCGUGACGUUGCUGCGGUGGUUGGACGAGCGCUACGACGCGGUGUACCGCGUGCAGCCCAAUUUCCAGGCCAACGCGCCGCCGCUGCUGCAGCUCGAGGCGGCGGCGCCGCAGGACCUGCCGGACACGCUGCGCGGCGAGCAGUGGGCGUUCGUGCAGCUGCCGCUCUCGGGCAUACUGGAGGAGAUGCAGCGGGUGCGCGCGGGCGACAUGUUCGGCAGCGUGCUGGACCUGGCGGCCAUGGGCCUCGCCUCGCUACCGCCCGACGCCAUGGUGCCCGGCGUCGCCGUCGCAUCCACGCGCGCCACGCCCCUCGCAGCAUGGACAAGUGCGUUGGAGCUGGCGUCCCUGCGGGUUGACCCGUCCAAGGCGUGCCUCCUUCUCGCCACGGGCGUGGCGGACACGUGGCGCUAUGCCUUCUACCGCCGCUCCAUGGCUGCAGAUGCGGAGGCGCGCGCGUGGGAGGAGGCGAAGUGCGCGUGCGGGGGCUUGCACUUCCUGGCGGUGCAGAGGGACCUGGAGGAGGAGGACUGCACCGGCUUCUGGUUGCUGCAAGACGCCGACCCUCCCCGCUUCUGAUGUGGUGUGGAACCAUGGGGUCGGAUCGGGUGUGGUCCCAGGGAUGGUGUUUCCUUGUACACGUUUCAGUGCUUAGUGUGCCUGCCUUGUGCUCGCUUUUUGAAUAUUCUGUUGUUAGGUUUGUUUAAUUCCCUGGGCUCGACAAAGAGGGCCUUGCUUGCAUUACAGAGUACAUGUUAUACAAUCGCAGAAAA